AUGGCGCAAUCAUUCGACCAACUCCCUUAUUUGCCAGACCGCGAUGAGUACGACACUCGUAUGUUCCGCUAUUCACAUGAAGGACCAGUGGAAAAAAUCCUUCCUCGUGGAUUUCCCCAGAGAUUGACCGCAGAUAUGGCUUGGGAAGGAGGAAAUAUCUCGAUGAAUCCCACCGCAGGCGCUGAGAGUCCGUACCUGUUGAUUCUACAAGCUCCGCAGCUGGUCGAGAUAGAUGCAGCACUCAAGCAUUUCCAAAGUCAGCCAGCCACCCUCCUCAAGACUGAUGACUAUACUGCAGAACUGAAUCAGCCAAUGGAGACUCUGGACCCGUCGACGUUUCCUCUGCCGAACUUGCACUCGAUCCUGCGGUCCGCAUCAGACAAUCUGCACUCAGGCUAUGGGUUUACACUCAUUCGAGGAAUUCCAGUAGAACGCUAUUCCCGCCAAGAGAAUAUGAUCAUCUAUGUCGGGAUUUCUUCGCACAUUGCCGCCACCCGCGGUCGGCAAGACCAUCAAUUCGAGGGGCAGCGGGCAGAUGUCAUGUUGGCCCACAUAACCGACAUGCGACGUCCCAACGAGGCACAAAACUUUUCCCUGGCAGCAUAUUCAGAUGGCGAAGUGGUAUAUCACACGGAUGUGGGGGAUAUCGUCUCUCUCUUCGUCCUAGGUGGGCCCGUAAAUGGCGGUGAAAGUCUGCUCGCCAGUGCGUGGACUGUCUACAAUUCUCUGGCGGAGACCCGCCCCGAUCUACUCCGCGUAUUGGCGGAGGACUGGCCGAUACCCAGGUGUGCAAACCUUGUCGAUGAUAAUCCGAUGCUCCAGGGAAAAAGACCCAAUUUGCUGACUGCAAAACAGCCCGGUCUGAUCACUCACCGGCCGCUUUUAUUCUACCAACCAGCUUGCGAUGGAGCUCCGGAACGAGUCAUCUUGCAGUUCUCUCGACGCUCGUUUUCUGGAUUUGGUGCUCGAUCCCAGAUGAAUUUGCUAAGCCCUAUCCAGGUGGAGGUACUAGAUGCUCUCCACUUUCUUGCAGAAAAGUUUCAUGUAGCCAUGAAGCUGGAGAGAGGCGAUAUGCAAUUCAUCAAUAACCUAAGCAUGAUACAUGCUCGAAACAGCUAUAUAGAUGAUUCAGAAAAUCGCCGUCACCUGCUUCGUUUGUGGCUUCGCGAUCCCCAAAACUCAUGGGUCAUACCAGAGCCACUGCGCAAUCGCUCUAACUUGAUUUUUGACGAAGGUUUUCGGAAAGGCCAGCAGGUAUUUCCUGUGGAUCCGGUUCCCAGAUCGGUGGGAAAGGCUAGAGAAGAUUAA